AUGAUUGCCGUUCAUUACCGAAGCAUACUAGUACCCCAAAACACCCUACACAACCUCCACAGCCUUCACAUGCCGAAAUCGAACAUUGCAAAACUCAGACAGCAACCGAGAAACGCAGCAAUGGAGCCAAGAUCGUUCGAAGACAGCGGGAUCCCGAAAUAUGCGGAGUCCCUCGCAUCCAUAGCCAAGCACUGCAACGAGAAAGUCGAAAGGUUCCUCUUGACAAAGUACGAGGAUGGCUCUUUCGAGCAUCUCGCUCAGCGCGAAACCCGUCAUACGAUUGGGAUCGUCGAGGUGGCGUUUUCGAGAUACAAAAUCUCCGAACUUGCGGUCUCCUACAACGGCGGGAAGGACUGCCUCGUCCUCCUGAUCAUCCUCCUCUCGUGCUUGCACGGGCGUCCGGAAAUUGAGAGGGGGGAGGUUACAAAGAUACCAACGUUUUAUGGGACUCCGCCGGAUUCGUUUGCUGCCGUUGAGGACUUUGUCCAAAAGUCAGUACGAUGCUAUCAUUUGGCCCAGAAUAGAUACGAGACUCGCAAGAAUGAUCCGGACCAUUCAUUGAAGGCAAACUUCCAGAGAUUUCUCGACGCCAACCCGAAUACAAAGGCGAUCUUUAUCGGUACGAGGCGGACCGAUCCAUACGGCGAUAAACUAAAGUUCUUUUCUCCCACGGAUGGCGGUUGGCCCGAGUUUAUGCGCAUCCACUCCGUCGUGGAAUGGCGUUACCCGGAAAUAUGGGCAUUCACCAAGGCUAUCAAUGUGGAAUACUGCAGUCUUUACGACCAGGGGUAUACGAGCCUGGGGGGUGUUAAGGAUACCCGUCCCAAUCCAAAGCUGCAGAUACCUGGCAGCGAUGACAGAUAUCGUCCUGCAUGCGAGCUGAAAGCAGACGCAGAUGAGCGCUUAGGGCGCAAGCCCAGCUGA